UAAAUUUUGAAGAGGGAAUUUCAAAAUGGCGGCAUACAGUGAGGAGCAGUGCUUGAAAUGGUUGAAAGAAAAAUGUUAUGUAAACGUAAGGAAAGAAUGGCUGGACGCUUGUAUUGAGUUCUUGAAGCAGGAACAUAGGGGAGGAUUUUCUUCUCAAACUCAGCUGAAUAACCUGGUAUAUGAGCAGCUGCUUAUGGCUGAUUUUCAAGAGAUAAGUCUUGGAACUCUUCCAACUCUGGGCACAGGAAAAAAUGCUUCAACUUUACAAGGAAAGCACACACUUCAGAUAAAUUCCUUAAUGGAUGUUGGCCAGUCUGCCUAUUCUCAGAUACAGAAAGUAAAAGGCCAAGAUGAUCUGGAAAACCAAAAAGAGAACACAAGCAACAAUUGGGAGCCAAAGAUCAAGCCUAGUCGUAUGUUGUUCCUUCACAUGACUGACGGGUCUAAGAGUAUCCAGGCAAUGGAAUAUCAAUCAAUUCCCUGUUUAAACCAGUCUACAGCACCUGGAACAAAGGUGCAGAUCCAGGGGCCUGUUUCAUGUCGGCUUGGGGUAUUAUUACUGGCAUCAAAAAAUGUUCACAUCCUUGGAGGUUCAGUGGAGGAACUAAUGGAGACAAACCCAAUGUGGAAAGUUUUGCAUAAUGCCAUUGGCCAAGCUGCUCCUGAGCUGCCAACGUGUUCUAGUAAUAUCAAAGAAGAGACUGACGACCGAGAAAACACUCAGUCCUUCUUGCAUACAGAUGUCAAUGGUAAUAACAUGCGUGGCCAAAGCCAGUUCAGAUCCAACAAUAAUGCAUACCAGCAGCCCUAUGUAUCUAAAAGUGGGUCUAUGCUACGAUCUGGAGACAAAAGAAGAUCUUCCAACUCAGGUCAAAGAGAAAAGAUUAAUCACUCAUCAAGAGGAAAAUUAACUGGUGUGCGAAAUAAUUCCAACAAAAGACCUUUCUCGUCAUGCAGUAACAGAGGGAUGAGAAACGGUAAUAACAAUGAUGUUGAAGAUAUGUUUGAUGGUGACGAUCUCUUUGAUGAUAAUGGAGAUGAGAAUUUUGAUCUUGAUCUGAUUGAGCAGAUUGAAAAAGAAGUCAUAGAAAACAAUGCCUUCAAUGACAAUUUUGAUGAGAAUUUUGAUCUUGAUCAGAUUGACCAGAUUGAACAAGAAGUCAUAGACAAUGUCUUCGAUGACAAUAUUGAUGAGAAUUUCGAUCUUGAUCAGAUCGACCAAAUUGAACAGGAAGUCAUACAAAACAAUGACCACAAGUCUAACAGUAAACCUGAUCAAAGAAUUAAUUCUUCUCACACAAAGAAUGAAUUUUUGGAGGAGGAUUUUAURGACAAUGAUUUUGAUCUUGAUGAUUUUGAUCUGGAUCAGUCAAGAGUUGCUUUUUCUAAGAUAGAUUCUGGACAUAAGAAGUCUAGAGAGGCUGUCAAAACUGAGAAUAUUGAAAAACGAAGUACAACUGAGAAAAACUGUCUGCCGAUGGCCAAAAAAUUGAAAACAGCAAUGAGUAGACCUGAGACAAAGAAAAUUACUUCUACGGCUUGUGGUUUUACUGAGAGAAGAAAUGAUGCAACAGAACGUAGUGGAAGGAGUGUUAUAAAGGAUGAAAUAGAUUUUCUUAAUGAAUCUGAGAAGACAACAGCUCAAUCAAACAAAUCAACUGGAAAAUUUGGGCUAAAAAAACUGAAUACAAAUUUUCAUCAAUCAACUAUAAAUUUUGAAAACAAAAAAUUGUCGUCAAGUGGAAUCAAGAAAAAAGAAAGAAAUAGUGAAGUUGUGGACCUUGUCGGCCCAAAGAGUACGAGUUCGUUAUCAAUAAAGGUUAAAACUGAAAGGAGGGAUGAAAUGUUAAUUGAUAAUGACAGCUUUGCAUUUGAUGAUGCUGCCAAUAGAGAGAGUACAUCUUCUAUGGAGUGUGAAAUAAGAAGUGAAAUGGGAAAUAAUAUGGGAAAAAAACCUAUUGGAAAAUUUGGGAUGAAAAAGUCAACCCAAUUUCCACAUCAAAAUACAAUACAAUUCAACGUACUGCAACCUUCAUCCUACACAUUUGUGAAGAAGGAACGCAUUGAAGUUGUUGACCUGGUUGAGGAGGAAGACAAAGAUAUUCCAGUGGCAGAAACCAGUGAAGAACCAGAGACUUUACUGCCAUUUACCUACCUGUCACAGGUUCUUAAAGAUCAGCCAUUUUUUGAAGAAAGGACCUUUAGAAUUAAGGGAUAUAUCUCCACGUUAGUUUCUCACAGUCAAGUGUCUGAUGUAAGUCAGAGAUGGAAGGUGAUUGUUAAAGUCAAUGAUGGAUCAGCGAGUAUUGAUGCGGCAUUAGGAGAGGAGGUGUUGACAGAGCUACUCGGCACUCCAUUAGAAUCAUUUCAGUAUACCAUGAUUGAAGCAAAAAAGAAUCGUGAUCCAAUCAAAUGCCAAGCUCUACAACAGCAAACAGUUCAAUUCCAAAAGAAACUUAGUCAGAUCUCUUGUCUUAUGGAUGUACACUUCUCUCCAUCUGAAUCCAAUCCUCUAAUUAUACGUCUAACUGAGGCAUCACGGGAUGACAUACUGGGUCUUAUUUCACGGCUCGCUGGGUGUAGAUAAGUAGCAACAAUAUGAUACUUAAUUCUGGUA